AUGUCUCCCAUCUCUCAAUAUGUCGAAAGGCCCGCAACCGGUGCCAAAUCCCAGUUCGAGCCAGGCCACAAGAUUCCCAUCCAGCACAUGGACAAGCCCGGCCUUGAGUCCGAGAUGGCUGAUCCCAAGCCCGUCUACGACCAAAUUCCAACCGAAGACGGUGGCUAUCAGCCAUACAAGCCCGCGGGCAAACUGAAGGGCAAAAGAGCAAUCAUCACCGGGGGCGAUUCUGGUAUCGGCCGCGCAACGGCUAUCCUGUAUGCCAUGGAGGGCGCAUCUAGCAUGAUUGUCUACUUACCUGAAGAAGAGACCGAUGCUCAAGAGACCAAACGGCUUGUGGAAAAGCAUGGAACCAAGUGUCAUUGUCUGGCGAUUGAUCUGCGAAAGCGAGAGAAUUGCAAAAAGGUCAUUGAUACUGCCGUGCAGACCAUGGGAGGGAUUGACAUCUUAAUCAAUAAUGCGGCUUUCCAGAAUAUGCUGAGUGAUAUCAGCGAAUUGAGCGAGGAACAAUGGGAACGAACCUUCGAUACCAACAUCCACUCUUUCUUCUACUUGUCCAAGUACGCCUUACCGCACAUGAAACGAGGUUCCACCAUCAUCAAUUGCUCCUCGGUCAAUCCGUACAUUGGCCGCGGUGACUUGCUUGAUUACACAUCUACUAAGGGAGCCAUCGUUGCGUUUACGCGCGCUCUAUCGAAUCAGCAGCUCAAGAAUGGAAUUCGUGUCAAUUGCGUCUGUCCCGGCCCGAUUUGGACCCCUCUGAUCCCAUCGACGAUGCAGACUUCGGCAAUGGACCAAUUCCAUGCUGUUCCCAUUGGACGGCCGGGGCAGCCAAGUGAAGUGGCAACAUGUUUUGUCUUCCUGGCUAGUCAGGACAGCAGUUAUAUUGCUGGCCAGUGUCUUCACCCCAACGGAGGUGUGAUGGUGAAUGGUUAA